UAAAUGUUAAAAAAUAUUAACCACUGAAUCUUUAAAAUAAUAUUAAAGUAUAUAAAUGUUAAAUCACCAUCAAGCUCUAGUUAACAAGUCAAAGUACAUGUUUUGUAUUUGAUGACUUGCUUACCAUGUUUGAACCAGCAUAACAAAAUAAGGUACACAAAUAUAUACAUAUAUGGGGCAAAAAAUCCUUUACCAAUAUUUAUUUCCAUGAAUCUACUCCAACAAAUAUAGAAAAUAUGAUAACUUGGUGUGCAAGGCCGCCUCAUACAUGUAUUAAUGGAGGGUUUUACUCUUUUUUUUUUCUCUCUCUUUAAUCUCUUUUGCUACUCGCUUUACUAAUAUACAUGUCUCUAUUUCUGAGUCGGCUCCGCCUUGGGAAACAAGGGUUGUUGAGAAGAUCAUCUCUUCUUAUUUUCUCCAAUGGCUUUUCAUCAUCUUCCUUGCAUCAAACCCCUCCUUGUAAUAUCCUCGGCGCUAAACCUUGUGGAGAGGGUCUCGGGAAACUCAUCAUCAAGAAUGCUAAUGAACGUGACGCUACUGAACUGGAAAAGAAAGUGCCAAUGGAUUUGGUGUAUAAUAAUCAUGGUAACGAUACCAUCGUUGGGGCAUCUCAUGGCUGGAUAGCUACUCUCAAGGACGACGGAAUCCUUCGUCUCCAAGACGAUCUCAACCCAUAUGCAUCUUAUACAGAACCGAAACACAUCCCUCUGCCUCCCCUUGUAACCAUGAGACACUGCCAAACCAAAAUCGUCACCAACGUCUCAAUGUCCUCAUCUUGUCCGGAUGAUGAUGAGAAUUGUGUUGUGGCUGCUAAGUUCUUGGGAGCUCAGCUCAGCUUUUGCAAACCAGCCUCUCAGAGUAGUAAACCAGAGUGGACCAACAUCAGGAUCAAAAACCCUUGUUUCUACUCCUCACGUGUCGUGUUCUCCAAGAAAGAGGAGAUGUUUCGUAUUCUCGGAUAUGGAGGCCACCUCAUGGGGUCAUGGGAUCCCUGCAAACCCAGCGAGGACCCCAAGUUGCAGAUCUUGCAUUUCCAAAAGAUUCCUAAGCUGCCGAAGGCCACACGCGAGCUUAUGGAUUCGUGUUGCAAGAGCGAGCACUUGGUGGAGUCACCAGCUGGUGAGACUUUCUUGGUUAAGAUGUACAGGAAGACAUCCGAGAUCAGCAAGGGUGGUAUUGCAAAAAUGAAGACGAGAGCUUUAAUGGUGUUCAAGAUAGAUGAAGAAGGAAACGCUGUCCACACUCAAGACAUAGGAGAUCUAGUCAUUUUCCUCUCGGAUUCUGAACCAUUCUGUGCCUCUGCUGCUUCCUUUCCUGGCUUGCACUCAAACCACGUUGAGUUCUUGGAAGCUUUCAACGAAGUCGCAUAUAUCGAUCUGUCUGGUCACGCCUUCAUUAGCUAUAUUGAUUCUCACUUCCCUGCUUACUAUAUUCCACCUCAAAAAAUCUAGAAAACUAGUUUGGAAUUGAUGGCUGAGUCUUACCUCUUGGUGUUUGCUAAGUGCAGUCUGUUUUUAAUAUUUCUGGAGUUUUUGCAUUUGUUCCUUUGUUAUGAUUAGAGAACUGAUUGGCUCAAUUCUUCAACAACAAAACCUCUUAAUUAAAAGACCAGUUAACACAACAAAAUUCUCUGUACACAUCUCACAACUCUUUUUUAGUAAAUUUUUUCAGGGUUAUUUCGCUUCAGAAGGUAACUCGAAAAGAAGAAAAUUAACAAAGCUUUAGUUGUGAGAUGUACGUAACGUCAGAGCUCCUCACGCCUCAGGGAUGAUAUGGAUUUUUAUCUCCAUAGUUCCUUGUAACCUGCGUUUACAAACCACACUAUUGAGUGAGCAAAUGUCAUCCGACAAAUUAAUCAGGUACAUAACAUUAGCUAGCUGCUGAUGCCAAUCAAUGCCUUCCAUGUCCCUGAUACAAAACAUGUACUUGUCUCAAAAACCUCUUUCAUUUUUCAUUUUUUUGUAGUAAGAUUUGUUUUGAUCUUUACUACACAGUUAAACCAACUUGGCGAGAAGGCAUCCUUUUGUAUUAACGGAGGGUUUUCCCUGGACAUCAGUCCAUCACCAUUCUUUAAUUGUUUUUUUUUUCUUUCAGUCAACAAGAAGAUACGAUCAUUAGAUAUUUGAGGUUCGUGCAUAAUAAGAUACGAGAUGCACCACCCUAGUGAAGGCAUCGGCCUUAUUGGGUCUGAACUUUUACUCUCUUGACCCAAACAGCCCACAUUUCAACAAUGACUACAAAAUCAAGUCAUGGAAAAUAUCAUACAUCAACGGAUUUGGUGAUCGCAUUUGAGUAGUCUGAGGUUGUGUGGAAUUAUAUAAAUAUGACAAGUGGUCUUAUUCUCGGUAUUAUGUUAAAACUUUUUUUUUCUCAUAACUUAAUUAAUGAUAUCAUGAUUUCAUGCGAAUUGUUAUUUUAUCUUUUGGCAUCCAUAAACGUUUUUAGAAGAUA